CUAUUUAACAUAAGUUACAUCACGCAGUCCUUGUUGCCUUUUAAUCCUGGGUUAUUCUUGAUCGAGCAAAUCUACGAUCUAAGUCUAACCGUGGUUAAUCCGUGUUUUCACCUUAUCACAUAAUGUCCUUACUUUUGUAAGGUUGUCUCUAUCGCAUUUCAGAGGACAUACAAUAUUAGAGAGAUACAGUUUGUAUUUCUAGUAGAUCGAGCUAUCGCAAAGAGAUUGAUUAGCUUAUUUGAACUUCAAAUGUUAAAUUUAGAGAGAAAAAUAAAAGCACAAUCACAAACACAACAAAAAUUAAUCACUAUUUCCACUUCUUUAAAAGCGACAGUCGGAUGAAAAUGUCUUAAGAAGCAUAAUUCAUUGAACACCGCCCAUUAAGACGGUGUCUGUAGACCAACAUGAACAACUUCCACUCCUGCAAUUGUUUACAAAACAACACAAACAACAGUAAAACUAGUUCCACCACUGUUAAUAGUAAUAACAGUAACUUUCAAAGGUUAUCAAGUGCCGAAAACCAUGUGUGUUGCCAGAGUCAGUCGUUACAACCUUCGUUACAUCAAACUUUACCAGAAUUAGAUUUCGAAAGAGGUUUAUGGAAUGAUGCUGUGACUGGGGACAUUGAAGGGGUUCGGCGUAAACUAGAGAAACAGCGAUAUGGUUGUACGGCCAAUGCCACGGAUACGUCUGGUUAUACUCCCUUGGCUGCUGUGAGAAGUGAUGCAGACAUCAUAAGUCUCCUCUUACACAGAUAUCCUCAACUACACAACAUCACAGACAACAAUGGGUUUCUUGCUAAACACUAUUUACCAGAAGACAAAUCAACACAACUCUUUGAUUUAUUCCCUUAACACUGGAAGUACCAUUCUUUGCUUUUAUUUUUUGUGACAUUUUGUUGUCUAUCCUCCUCCCCCUCCUCCAGCAUUGAUGGCUCAUGUCUGCAAAUUCUUUGUUACUGAGAGGGAGAGAAAGAGAAGUAAGGUCAAAACAACACUAGCUGGUACUUGACAGAAUCCAAAACAGCAACAUAAAGAAGAAAUGUCACUGAAUACCACAGAGUGAUUGUGGUGGUGGAUGUGGUUAGAGUGAGAGGUUGUGGUAAUGAGAGGAGAAAUGGUCAUAGUUGGAACCCUGUUGAUUUUAGUCCUUUUUAUUUAGCUUAGCAUGGAGCUCAACAUUUGCCAUCAUCUUCAUCAUCACACUACCAACAGUCCUAACAUGACCACCACUAAUUUUAAUGCCAUUUCCACCAUAACUCUUAACAUCAUUACUACAAUCACCACCAACACUAUUAUUGACAUCCACAUCCCCACCAACACCACCACAACCAGCCAUCCAUCUGUCUUGCCAACCAAUCAACGAAAUUCCCCUCAUAUCAAACCAGUAAAGGUACCUCUGCUUGGUCAUUUGACCAGCUAGAAAUAGCAGCUGCUUUGCUACCUUAAUAAAGGACAUGUUGGAUAGUGGAGGACUGGACUCCUGCAUAGGGUAGAAUAUAAAUGAGAUGGUCACAAGUGGUAUUUUGAUCAUAAACCUAUUGAUUGCACUAAACAACAGCAACAAAUCUCCCCCUGAAGGGAACUUCAUACCAACCUUGGAAAAAAAUGAAGGGCAAAAUCUCAUUGGUAAAGUGAUGGCUGGAACUUCUUUGAUCAUAUGUCUGCUUAAUCAGGGCUGACUCAAGGCUAAACAACAGCAUUAAUGGGUUCAAAUACCAGUACAAGGCCUGAAAUUGAGAUGGAGAGGUUUGUCAAUGUCACUGAGAUUUUAUCAACCUCAGAAGGGUGAAAGGCAAAGUUAACCAUGGGAGAAUUUGAACUCAGAAUGUAAAGAGCCAAUGACAAAUGUUACAAAGCAUUUCUUAUGCUGUUUUAAUGAUUCUGCCAAUUUCACACUCCUACAACAACAAACAGAGAGAAACAUUUUCUGUCAAUUUAUGUGAAAAUAAGUUUUAAAAAUGAACAAAAGCUUUGAAAUAAAAUAAACUAUAAAUAAAACGAAAAAUAUUAAAUUC